CUGUUCCCCUGAGCACAGCUGCAGCGUGGCCGGGAGGAGGCAGGCCUAGGAGCGCCGCCCUCCAAGAUCCCUCCUCAGGCUUUUUCAGUGGAGGGGACAUGCACCCUGCGGGCCUCCACUUGGCCUGAGCCUGCUGCAGGGGCGCUCUGUCCUCAGGGAGAACGGAGAUGGCGGGUUUCUUUCGUUCCUCUGCGCCCAGCUGCCUCCCCAGCCUCCUCUUCCUCCUCCAGUUGUCUUCCAGCUAUGCAGGACAGUUCAGAGUAAUAGGACCAGGGCACCCUAUCCGGGCCCUGGUGGGGGAUGAAGUGGAACUGCCAUGUCGAAUCUCUCCUGGAAGGAAUGCUACAGGCAUGGAGGUGGGAUGGUACAGGCCACCCUUCUCUCGGGUGGUUCAUCUCUACCGAAAUGGCAAGGACCAGGGUGGAGAGCAGGCGCCUGAGUACCGGGGCAGGACGGAGCUGCUAAAAGGGGCCAUCGAUGAGGGGAAGGUGACCCUCAGGAUCAAGAAUGUGAGGUUCUCAGAUGAAGGAGGCUUCACCUGCUUCUUCCGCGAUCAUUCUUACCAAGAGGAGGCAGCAAUGGAACUGAAAGUGGAAGAUCCCUUCUACUGGGUCACCCCCGGGGUGCUGGCUGUCAUCGCGGUCCUGCCUGUGCUGCUCCUGCAGGUGUCCUUGGGCCUCGUCUUCCUCUGCCUGCAGCAUCGACUGAGAGGAAAACUUCGAGCAGAGAUAGAGAAUCUCCACAGGACUUUCGAUCCCCACUUUCUGAGGGUGCCCUGCUGGAAGAUAACCCUGUUUGUAAUUGUGCCUGUUCUCGGACCCCUGAUUGCCUUGAUCAUCUGCUACAACUGGCUCCAUCGAAGACUAGCAGGGCAAUUUCUUGAAGAGCUAAGAAACCCCUUCUGAGUGAUGCUGCAUCUUGGCAGAAGUGGAGAGCCUGGUUGGUCCAAGGAUUGGUCCUUGGGGAUGUUGCAUUCAUCAAGUUGCACACUCACUGGCCUCUGUGCUGUGGGGACGGUCCCAUUUG